UUUUCAACCACCGAGGGCGAGAAGGGGAGGGGAGGAGGCUGAGUCCGAAGGGAAACAGAACCAGGGAUAGGAGAGAAACAGAGAAGGAAUACGUCGCCAUGAUUUGUCUGGAGUAAAAGCAAGUAGGAACAAAAAGGAAGAAGAGAGUCCAGAGGGACGACGAAGAUCAGGUGAUGGAGGUGAGGAGGGCGUGGUUAGGAUGGGGAGUGGCGACCUUCUGCUUCGUAGUUCUGAUGCUCGUGACCCCCGCCAUCCCUCAAUCCCAAGCUUACCACAAUUUCGCCGACCAACGCCGAUUGUUCCUGGGAAUACCAAAUACACUGGAUGUAAUCUCCAACUUUCCUUUUCUUGUGGUUGGUGUUGUGGGACUCAUACUUUGCUUCAGAGGGGACUAUAACCUAAGUCUGCAAGGCGAAUAUUGGGGUUGGACUUGUUUUUUCAUUGGUGUUGCUGCUGUUGCUUUUGGCUCAUCCUACUAUCAUCUUGAACCAAAUGAUGCUCGCCUUGUCUGGGACCGAUUACCUAUGACAAUUGCAUUCACAUCUAUAAUGGCUGUCUUUAUUAUUGAAAGAAUUGACGAGAAGACAGGUACCACAUCUCUUCUACCUCUUCUUGCGGCUGGCAUAAUAAGCAUUUUAUACUGGAGAUUUUUUGAUGAUCUUCGUCCUUAUGCACUAGUGCAAUUUGUUCCUUGCAUUGUUAUACCUUUAAUGGCUAUCCUAAUUCCUCCAAUGUAUACACACUCCAUCUAUUGGCUAUGGGCAGCAGGGUUCUACCUCCUUGCGAAGGUGGAAGAAGCUGAGGACAAACCAAUUUACAGAUUAACUCAUCAUUUCGUUAGCGGCCACACACUUAAGCAUUUAUGUGCUGCAAUGGUUCCUGUUUUCUUGAUCCUCAUGCUCACUAAACGGAGUAUUGAAGAAGAGAGGCAAAGCUUAUACCAAACAUGGCGACUUUAUUGGUUGAGGAUAAAGAUUAACAGACAGACACCUACAGCUGAUUGUCGCUAUGUAGAAGUGAACAUGGAGGAGUCACCAUAAAUUGAAAGACAUAAGAGCAGCUGUAAUUGGUUUCGAGGCAUUGCUCUUUGUGUAUAUAAUAAGUGAAUUAACUAAUGUAUAAAAGAAGAAGAAACUUUGUUGAUCGUGUACUUCGAAGUUGAUGAAACUAUGAUUGUAUAAUACAGGAAAUUUUAAUGGUAGCAAUUCUAUUCACCA